AUGAACAAGGGGGAGGAGGAGAAUUACCUAAAGCAUAUCCUUUACAUAAUACUUAUGCCAAACAAGAUGCUUAUGUUCAGGGACCAACUUGUGGUACUUUUACUUGAACAAAACUUUUGGAAAAUUCUAAAUAAAGUUUGUAAUGCACUCAAUUUAUGUCCGCCAGGACCUCCUGGUCCAGCUGGAAAACCAGGCGAAGAUGGAUUUCCAGGAGCUAGAGGCCAACCUGGAGCACCUGGAUUACCUGGAGUAGCUCCUCCAGUAACUAUUGAUACUAGCGCUGGAUGUAGAGUCUGUCCUCAUGGACCAACUGGACCUCCUGGAUUACCUGGCGAGACUGGGGUACCAGGAACUGACGGACUACCUGGACCGCCUGGCCGAAAGGGUGAAGAUGGAAGGGCUGGUUAUCCUGGAAAUCCAGGAAUUCCUGGUGAGGCAGGCAAACCUGGAAAAUUGGGCGAUGUUGGGCCGCCAGGUCGUGAUGGAAUCAGAGGGCAAAAGGGGCCUCCAGGACCUAAAGGUGAACUUGGCCCAAGUGGUCCGAAAGGACCUGAUGGCUACCCAGGAACAGAUGGACAACGUGGAAAUGAUGGUCCACCUGGAGAAAGUGGUCCUCCUGGAUCAAUUGGUGCCCCAGGAGCAGAUGGACAACCUGGACAACAAGGAGCAACAGGAGAACCAGGAGAGGAUGCUCAGGUAGUUAAAUAA